CCCCCUGGCGGCCCGGAGGAGCGCGGCGGCGGAGCGGUAGAAGAUGGCGGCGGCGGGGUCAGGGUCGAGCUCAGGCUCCGGCUCGGGGCGGGCGGCGGCGCGGCCUCGGCCGGGACCCGGCCGGUUCCGGGGCUGCUUGGCCGGGGCGUUGCUCGGUGACUGCCUGGGCGCCGUCUUCGAAGGCAGGAGCGUCGUGAAGCUGCCGGAUCUGCUGAGCUUCCUCCGAGGCCUGGAGCCGGCGCCCGGGCCGCCUGAUGAGGGGGAAGCGGCCGGCAGCGCCCGCAGAGAGACGCUGUCAUACACGGACGACACGGCCAUGAGCAGGUCGGUGGUGCAGUCCCUGCUGGCCAAGAGGGAGUUUGAUGAAGUUGAUAUGGCCAAGAGGUUUGCUGAGGAGUACAAGAAGGAGCCCAACAGGGGCUAUGGGAUGGCUGUUGUCAAUGUCUUCAAGAAGCUCUUGAGCCCCAAGUGCAGCGAUGUCUUUGAACCAGCCAGAGCCCAGUUUAAUGGGAAAGGCUCCUAUGGCAAUGGUGGUGCCAUGAGGGUGGCAGGCAUCUCUCUCACCUACUCUGAUGUCCAGGAUGUCAAGAAGUUUGCAAAGCUGAGUGCUGAACUGACCCAUGCCAACUCCCUGGGCUACAACGGAGCCAUCCUGCAGGCCCUGGCUGUGCAUCUUGCCCUACAGGGAGAGGUCAGCAAAGAGACCUUCCUGGAACAGCUCAUUAGCCACAUGGAAGAUGUAGAGGCAGAUGAUAAGUCUCUUACUGAUGCACGAGCGCUGGGAUUUGAAGAUUUACCCUUUUCAAGGCGCCUAAAGAAAAUAAAGGAAUUCUUGGAACUCAGCAGUGUUCCAAAAGCAGAUGUAUUGUUUGAACUGGGCAAUGGCAUCGCCGCUUUGAGGUCUGUCCCUACUGCGAUUUACUCCUUCCUGCGCUGUAUGGAGGCUGACCCAGACAUUCCUGAUCACUACAACAACCUGCAGAGGACCAUCAUCUACUGUAUCUCUCUGGGUGGAGACACAGACACCAUUGCUACCAUGGCAGGAGCUAUUGCAGGAGCUUAUUAUGGGGAGGAACAGAUACCCCCAAGCUGGGAGGAGAGCUGUGAAGCUUUUCAAGAGACACAGAAGCUGGCAAAUAGCAUGUAUGAACUGUACUGCCAGCGGCUCUGAGCGCCGAGGGGAGUGUGGUUUGGAAGGCAAAGGCAGGUGGUCACCUCUGCUUUCCUGGUCAGGAUCUGGUGGUGGAUCCACACUGCAGGCACCUGUGAGCCUCCACCUGAGCCAGAUGCUGCUGUGAGCUGAGAGCUGGAGGCACAAGCUGGUUCAGAAGAGAGGGGAUACACCCUUCAGUUGCAGUUUGGCUGGGAAGGGGCUGCAUGUGGCACUUGGACAGUGGGUGCAUCUCCUCUGAAGUGUACAGGGCCAUCUAGUUUUUCUUGAGAUUCCUGCUGCUUGCCUUGUUCACCAUUAUGCCAUUUUGUCAUUGCAGUUACUAGGUGGGUGUCUGAAUUUACUGACUUUCUUGCUGGUUCCCUCUGCUCCACUGUGCUGUGGCCUUUGUUUCAGUGGCCUGUCCUGCAGUGGCUUUAAUAGGCUCCACACCUCUCUUAAAAGACCAGCUCCCACUCAGCUGACCAGUUCAGGGGUGGAGGUGGGAGUUGUCAGAGGUACUUCCCUGGAGGGUGUCCUGCAUGCAGCAGGGGUUGCUACCCUUGUUGUGGAGUGAGGAUGCUGGAGGGUAGAUGUCCCAGGGAGGUUUGCUUCCCUAAAGGCAGAACGAGCAGUGGCACAGGUUGGAGAAGGGCUUCUUUUGCAUUGCUGGUUGUGCUGGGAGAAACGCCUUUGGUGCAUGCAGGGUCCCUGUUGCUGCUGGAAGGGGGUGGGACUCAUUACUGCUCUUUGCUCUGUGAUCUACCUGGCACCAUCCUCAUCUACUGCAUUUUGUGUUCCCUUACACGCUGGCUUUCACAUUGCUGCAGCUACUCCUUUGUUCCAAAUCUGUGCAUCCUGCAUUCUUAAUGCUGUCCUGUGCAUGUCCAGAGCACCACGUGAGUUGCUGUUUAAAUCUGUGGGUGAGGAUAGUUGUGAAACCUGGUGUUUAACAAGCACUGAACUCCUGGUUCUGCUGCCAUCAGUGACAGAAACUACCUCAGCAGGAAGCAGGGGUUACUUCUCACAGCUUUAAAACUCUGUGCUUGGUAAGAAUCAUCUGAAAAUAAAGGAAAAUGUAGUUAAUUAGGGGAGAAUUUAUCAAAGUUCAAGCAGUUUGUGCAUCUGAAGCUGGUACUGGUGGCUGAGAACAUUCUAGCAAAGCUAGGUUGUUCAGAGUCUUGCUUCCAAAACCUUUGCCUAGUGGAGCUGCUCAGAAAGGGAGCAAUAGCUUGGAUGUGGCACAUCUAAAAAGGGUUGAAAAGCUGUGUAAUAAUUGAAAACAAAAUGGAAGGAAGAGGCAAGCAGUCACCAUAUGGAAAUGUUCAUAAUCCUGACUGUGACCAUGUAAUUCUCUAGCAUUACUCAGUAUUUCUUGUGACUGUUCCCUGCUUGCUCCCUGCCGGUAUCACGCACGGUGGUGGUGUGUGUCAGCCUGCAGGCACAUGUGGAAGAAGUGUCUGUGGAAAACCAGGUGGUUCCCAUUCUUCCUGGAGUCUGCUUCCUCCUAGUGCCCUUGUUCUGUGUGACACUGUAAUGGGCUUUCCUUGUAUAAGCAAAUUCUUGUUCUUGAGAGCAUGUGGAAUUUCGGUCUGUUGUAUAUUUAUGUAUUGUGAUGCAGAUCAGAGAUGGACAGAGUCAGGUUUUCCACAUUAUUCUGCCACAAGUGUGAACAUAUUCAUGUGAUUAUUUAAAGAAAGAGAUUUUCCUUUCAAAGCAGCUUUGUAAUUGUAAAUGUUGGGAACUCACAAAGAGCGGAAGAGCUCCUGUUCAAAAAAACACAGCUCAUUUGAGGGCAGAAUUGAAAUGUGUUCUCAGACAAUGAGCUCUGACUUCCUUGGAAAGAAAUAAAGUCACUUGGUCAUCUUUGUUAAUUA